AACCUCGAUCGACCGGAACCUCGUUCCGAGUUGCCGAAAAGCGAUUGCCAAGAUGUUCCAUUCUGUAGCCAGUUGAUUGUCGAGAUGUCUGCGACAGAGCCUCGAAAUGCCAAUAUCCUCCAGCUAUCUAACAGCCUCAGAGACGAUCGCUCUGGCCGCCAAAGAUGAAUUGAGCAUUCUUCAGCUUGCUCGAGAUCACAUUGCAAGGUUCGAGCAACGAGAUCCAGCAGUCCGCGCAUGGGAACAUUAUGAUCGCGAGAGAAUACUAAAAGAAGCGGCUCGACUUGAUAGUCUCCCAAAGGAGAAGAGGGGUCCUCUUUUUGGUGCGACGCUGGGUGUCAAAGAUGUCAUGAAUACGUUGGAUAUGCCCACCACAUAUGGGUCAAAGGCAUAUCAAGGCCAUCGACCUGGAUCCGACGCGCCAUUGGUCCACGUCUUACGGAAUGCUGGAGUCUUGAUACUGGGCAAGACGGUGACUACCGAGUUCGCCAGUACAAUGGACAAUGUACCUACCUUGAAUCCGUACGAUGCCUCACGUACACCAGGAGGAUCAUCUUCUGGAUCAGGAGCCGCUGUCAGGGAUUUUCAGUGCCAGCUAGCCUUAGGUACACAGACCGGAGGUAGCAUGGUUCGCCCUGCCUCUUUCAACGGAAUCUUCUGCAUCAAGCCUACCUGGAACUCUAUAUCGAGGGACGGAAUCAAGGUGUCUUCAUUGAUUCUCGAUACACCGGGGCUCUACGCUCGAUCACUCACGGACCUUCAGCUAUUGCUGAAGGUUCUCAAUGUGCACGACGACGUUCCACCACCGAUGCUCCCAAAGCCGCUCUCUGACUGCCGGUUCGCAUACGUAAAGACUGUAGUAUGGGAUAGCGAAGGCCAACCCUCCAGAGAGGUUGAACGAGCUUGGGCAAAAUCUCGUCAGCUCCUGGAAGAGGCAGGCGCUCAUGUGGAAGACCUCGAUCUGGGACAAGACUUCGAGAAUAUCGUGAACGGGAGGCACGCCGAUAUCAUGUCUUGGGAUGCCGGUCUAAACUUUUACAACGAGUAUGAGGAUCCCGUCAACCGUCGACACCUCGCUCAGAUGCUCGUGGAAAAGGUUGAAGCUAGAUCGGCCAUCAGCCAGAAACAAUAUCUGCACGCUUUGGACAGUAUCCCAGCCCUAAGACCACGAUUUGAUGCGAUCGCAGAGCAGUAUGAUGCUAUCGUGACCCCUUCAGUACCCGGGGAAGCACCACAGGGGACUAAAACCGGAACACACAUCUUCAACGCCAUGUGGACCGUUCUGCAUGUUCCUUGUGUCAAUGUGCCAGGUUUUGCGGGAGAGAACGGUAUGCCUGUGGGUUUGACACUGGUGGGACCGAGGUUCCAUGAUGAGAGGCUCUUGACGGUCAGCAGGUCCGUCGCCCAUGUGUGGCUACACGCCGAUGCCACCGAGCUCCGUCCUCUACCGGUACCGGAGGGAGUGAAGAUGCUUCAGAUCUGAUGCAUCUGGCUCGAUCGACAGUUCUGUUUAAGCCAUUACAACUUCUGACCGGGACCCCUUUAUUGGUGCCACGACGGCAGACCCAAAGACUCUCGACGCUCCUUUCCGUCGUGGGCAAAGUACGGCUUCUCACCAAUGGAGACCGCGCGGUCGCCAACGCGCAAUGACCUGCCAUAGUCAAAGGUGGCCUAAAUUCAUCAGUAUCUGCAAUGACUUCUGAUUGAUCAAGGACCGACAGUGUG